UCCCGAUGCUGCGGUGGCUCAUCGGGGGCGGCCGGGAGCCGCAGGGCCUAGCGGAGAAAUCAUCUGUACAGACAAUUGGUGAAGAACAAAUACAGAAUCCUUACACGGAGCUCCUUGUGUUGAAAGGUCAUCAAGACAUAGUACGAUUUCUUGUGCAAAUAGAUGAUUGCAGGUUUGCAUCUGCAGGAGAUGAUGGUGUUAUAUUUCUGUGGAAUGCUCAGACCGGAGAAAAACUUUUUGAACUUCAUGGACACACACACAAAAUUACAGCUAUAGCACCAUUUCCUUCAUCAGAUUCUUCUGAAGAAAAAAAACACUUGAUUUUAACAGCAUCAGCUGAUAGAACAGUUAUUGUUUGGGAUUGCAGUAGUGGCAGACAGGUUCAGAAAGUGUCAUGUUUCCAUUCUACUGUCAAGUGUUUGACAGUUCUUCAAAGACUGAAUGUAUGGUUAUCUGGAGGGAGUGAUCUAUGUGUUUGGAACCGAAAAUUAGAUCUCUUGUGUAAGACCAGUCAUCUUACUGAUGCAGGUAUUACUGCUUUGGUUGAAUUGCCUAAAAACUGUGUUGCGGCAGCUGUUGGCAAAGAGCUAAUAAUUUUCAGGUUGAUUGCUUGUAAUGGCGGCUCUGAAGGUUGGAAUGUCCUUGAAGUAAAACGCCUUGUUGACCAUCAGGAUAACAUUUUGUCAGUAGUCAGUGUCAAUGACUCUACUUUUGUGACGGGUUCUCAUGUGGGUGAGUUAAUAGUUUGGGAUGCACUUGACUGGACAAAGCAGGCAUCUGAGUGCAACUUCUGUGACACCUCUGUUCAUCCAGAUGUACAGCCAGAAAUAAAGUUAUCUCAAAGCCCAAAUGAAACUUCAGUUCAACACUUAACAUCUGAUGAGGAGUGUGUGUUUGCUGCUGUUGGGAAAGGCAUAUACGUAUAUAAUCUUCAAAUGAAGCGUGUGAUUGCCUGCCAAAGAACUGCUCACGACUCUUCUGUACUGCACAUUGAGAAGAUUCCAAACAGGCAGCUGAUCUCCUGUUCAGAAGAUGGCAGUGUGCGCAUUUGGGAGCUCCGAGAAAAGCAGCAGCUGCCAGCUGAAGCGGUUCCAACAGGGUUUUUCAACAUGUGGGGAUUUGGAAGGGCAAACAAGCAGGCAAACCAGGCCACUAAGAAGAUGCAGGAAAAUACACCUGUAUAUUUCUUGGAGCUGGUUGGUGAUUUGAUUGGUCAUUCAUCAGCUGUGCAGAUGUUCCUGUACUUUGGUGAACUGGGACUGGCUACAUGCUCUGCUGACCACCUCAUUAUUUUGUGGAAGGAUGGUGAACGAGAAUCUAGACUUCGCAGUUUAACACUGUUUCAAAAAUUGGCACAAAAUGGUGUUUUGCAGCUCAAUCUUUAAAUUGCUUGGGUAGAGGCUAUGUAUAUGUAAACUGGGUACGUGUUAAAUGUGAAUGUGAAGGAAAGUCU